AUGCAACCAGUACCAAUUGUUUUGAACUCCCAGACAGUGUCUGGAAUAGCCGGUUCAGUUUCUAUCGCAUGUUGGAUUAUAGUCUUUGUCCCUCAGAUAUACGAGAACUUUUACAGAAAGUCCGCAGAAGGACUAUCGUUGAUGUUUGUUGUUCUAUGGUUGGCUGGGGAUAUAUUCAAUUUAUUAGGAGCCAUGCUUCAGCAUUUGCUACCUACUAUGAUUAUACUAGCUGCUUAUUAUACGAUAGCUGAUAUUAUUCUAUUAGUACAAUGUUUGUUCUACGGUCAAGAUGGCCCAGUAGAUCCAGUCCAUUUAUCACCAGCAAACCCUAUCAACGAAAAUGUUCUACAGGAUGUUUUCCAUGAGCACGACCCUUUACUAGGAGAUGAAAGACAUCGUGAACGCCAUGACUAUGUCGACACAUCAUCUAGUGUUUCUGUCAUUACUUCAACUGCCGGUAACAAAAACUCAGAUAGUACCUUCAAGCGCUAUUUGUUGAAAAUUAUGAUAGUAUCAUCAGUUAUUUUGGCUGGUUUCCUUUCAUGGUAUAUUUCAUAUAUCAGAAAUCCUCCAAAGCAACAUGAACCCGAAUUGGACCUUCAAAUGAACUGGCUUGCUCAAUCAUUUGGCUACCUGUCAGCUGUGCUAUACUUAGGAUCCAGAGUUCCACAAAUUCUGUUGAAUUUUAAAAGAAAGUCUUGCGAGGGUAUAUCUUUCUUGUUUUUCCUAUUUGCAUGCUUGGGUAACACAACUUUUAUCAUUUCUGUUUUGAGUAUUUCAUUUUCUCCACGUUAUCUAUUGGUUAACUCUUCUUGGUUGAUUGGAAGCUCGGGUACAUUGAUAAUGGACUUUAUUAUCUUUAUCCAGUUCUUUGUUUACAACGGGAAUAGCAAAAACUCUCAAGAGUUCAUCACUGUAUAG